GAAGAGAUUAUUUAACCAACUAAAGAUCAUGAACGACACUCAGAGCAUCGGUUUAAAAUUUCUAUUAAUGUAAUCGGCGUAUCAGUCGACAUUCGAUUGUGCAGUGGGAAAGUUGCUUCUCUGUAAUUUUGUUCAGUGCGUUGAGUCAUUAUGUGUGAACCGCACCCGAAGUUCCGUAAUUUAUUUCCACAAAUGGAAUCAGUUGUAAGAGUUUCCAAUAUACCGGUCAUAGAAAAUGGUUUGAAAUUCUCCGGAAAAUUGUACACUAAACUAAAGAAAAAUCCUGUGCUCAAUUGGCCUUUAAGCUCAGCCGAGUCGUUGUUUUUUUCAUCAGCCGAACUGAUUAAGCCACUAUUCGAUCUGAUUCAAGAGCCGGUUACCAAAGUCGAUAACCUUUUAUGCAAAACAUUGGAUUUUGUCGAACUCAAAAUACCAUCGGUCUACCUACCGCCGGAAAUGAUUUAUCUGAACACGAAAGAGUAUAUGUCGGAUCACAUUGUGCGUCCAGUUUUGAAGCGGGCAAAUUCCGUUAAACAAAUCGGAACUGUGGCAUCGUGCUACGCAACUGAUCGAAUUGACGGUGCUAUCGACGUUGCGGACCUAUAUGUGGACAAGUAUUUGCCUAGCGAGGAUGCAACCGAUAGUAAUCCAUGUGAUUCGCCAAACAAUGAGGACAUGUCUAAAGCUGUGCACACAUUUCAGAAGGGAAAACAAUUUUCGAGAAAAUUGAAACGACGAUUAACACAACGUACUGUUGCCGAAGCUAAAGCGUUGAAAAAACAGAGUAAAGAAGCCAUUCACAUAUUGGUCUAUGCGACUGAAUUGGUGCUGACCAACCCGAAGCAGGCUAUAAUUGAAGUGAGGAAGUUAUGGAAUUACCUGAGUGAUGACGAACCGGAAAACCAAGCGCGCCCACAAACAUUGGAACAAUUAAUUGUACUGUUAACCAGGGAAUCGGCACGUAAAUUGGUGCAUGUAACGAAUUAUUUAUGUCGUUCGAUUGGAAAUGUAAUUUUUAAGCGAAGUUACACGAAACAGAAUUAAAUUUUCUUCGGAAAGUAAAAGCCA